AUGCUCAACCCCAAGUCAGUAGUGAUAAUCGCAUUAGUGUUAGUUAACUACGUAUACGCUCUUGGAUCAAAUCAAUUGUAUAAUUGUCUGAAAUAUAACACAGAAUAUGCUAACAAUGCUGUGGUAGUAAAAACGCCAGCAUCAAAUAGCUUAGGGUUAUUUAUUAACGGGUCGAUUAGUAUAAAUGAACUAUUACAUACACGGUAUGACAAUCAUUCUGCAUUGUUAAACGAUGAGGCUUUUUACAAGCCAUUAUUGAGUUAUCUAUAUCCUAAUAGCUGGCAAAAAGUUUUAGGUAGUAACUGUGUGAUCGAAGGGGUCAUGGUCCCUAGGUUAGCCAAAAAUGCCAAUAGAAAUGAUUCGAUCAGCUAUGCAGAAUCAGUGUAUGGGAAUUACCAUUCAUAUCUAAUAUCUAUCGGUGAGAGAUUGUUAAAGAUAAAUGUAAAUGAUCUUUAUUCUAUGCUUGAGUGGAUCUACAAUAAACAUAAUAGGUUCUCUGAAGAAUUGACUUAUGCAGCUAACUUAGGGCAAGUUGCUUCUACAAUUCAAGGUUUUAUUAAGUCGCCAGCAGCUAAAGAGUGUCAAUGGGGUUUUUACUAUGUGUCAAAGCACGGAGAGAUUCUAGACCCCACUCCGGGAACGACGAGUCAAGGCGAUUCCGUGGAAUGGUAUGUUAGUAUACAACCACAUAGUCAUAAAGGGCAAUGUGAUACUAAAGCUCAUGAGAUAACAGGUAAAUCAGUUAAGGAAGUAUGGGAUACUUGGGUACUGAAGAAAAUGGCAGCAGGAUGUACUAUGUUAUCUAAUGGUGGUAAUUGGUGGGCUGAUAUCAAGAUCAUUCAUCAUCGAAUAGCGCAGUGUACAAGUUGGGAAGACAUAAACUGUAGUAGUUAA